CUUCGGCAGUCAACACAAAACAUUCUUCAUCUGAGAGCGUUUCUUUCUUUCUAAAAAAAACCUCUAAAUUUCCUGGUAUAGUCUCUGUAUCCUUUCCCUUCCGGUAGUGAAAACAGUUUAGUUUACAGUUUUCCAGCGUGUGAAGUACCUUAAAACUGUGAGUGAUUGUGAAAUUUUACGCAAGAAAAAAGUACGAAACUCCAACCACACAGUCUCAGUUGGCCAUUGCAAUUCCUGGCGCGUCACGCGCCCCCUCCCACCUGCAGAAAUUUUCCGCGAAAGAAAAGGAAAAAAGCGCCACUCACACGCACACGCUUGUUUUCCUUCAUCCCCCCCAAAAAAUCAAAACAAUCGAACUCACAAACACAAAGGUGCGUACGCCGCCGGUGCGAAUUCUCUCACCCUCUCGCAGAGAGUGAGAGAGCAGCGCGCGCCCGAGGAAAAUUGAAAGAGCGAGAAUUUUUCGUCCUGGUCGCGAAAGCAACAGGAAGAAGUUCGAGUUUGGAGCGCGCGACGGGAAAAAUUCAGUCACUCUCAGUUGGCCGUGCAGUUUGGACGCUUUCCUCUGGAGGGGAGCUUUCGAAUUUCCGUUUGACGUUUUGGGUGAGUGCGUGGAGUCGCGUGGUGUUUUGUUUUGAAAACAAAAAAAUCGGCGAGCGCGAAACGAACGGAGAGAUGUUCGUCCUAGUAGGCGCGCUUGUGUUGGUGUGUACCGUAGUGGGGUUUGCACAGUGAAAACGAAGGAAAAUCGUCAAUUUCCCGUUGAUUGGCCAGCUUGGAUGGUGCGAUUUUGACAGUGUUUUGUGCAAGUGAGCCGUCAGCAGGAGCCAGGCUGUUGUAUAAUCAGUUUGAUAGUUGGAAGCGAACGUGUUUGGUCGGUUUUUCCUCAGCCAACUUGGAUGGAAAUUUUGCGCUGAACGCGGCUCUGUCUCGAAAGGAAAAGCCCUCUGCAAUAUGAUCUACAACCAGUGGCCAAGGGUGAAAGUGUGAAGCGCCUCGUCGACGUCGUCGCUCUUCCGACGUGGAAAUCCGAGCAGGCUGCGAAAACAAUAUUAUGGAAUUAUGUUUGCCGAACGGAGCCUCCUGAGCUGUUUAUAUAAUACCCUGAUUUUCAUGCAGCCAGUCCUCUACGUGACGCGUUCGUUUGGUGUGAUUUACGACGAGUACGUCGUGGACCAGGGCAAAAAUCUGACGCUACAAUGUAAGUCACCCUAUCCGGUGAUGUGGGUGCACGCGGGCCGCCGGGACGGCGAUUUCCAGCAGUUUCAGAACGACGGCUCCCUGCAGCUGAUCAACCUGACGGCCAAAGAUGGCGGUCUGUACACGUGUUCCGAGAUGGUUCCGACGUUCACGACGGUCCAACUGUCCAGCGAAUCGCUUCCGGAGGACGACUCCGACAACAGUACCGCAGACAGCGGUUUCGUGAUCUUCAGCACGGUGGCGCGCAACGAAUCGUCCAACAGUUCCAGUGAAGACCUUCCGGCGGCGUCCACGCCCCAGUUUGACAGCACUCCGGACCGGUACGUGGAGCUGCGGCGGGUUCACGUCAAGGUCCGGACUUCGCCGUUGGCGGUGUCAAAUUUUUUCGUGCGGGCGUCCACCAUCAUUGCGGUGCUGGUGUGGGAAGUGCUGCCGAACCGGACCGGCGGAUACGCGAUCCGGGAUUUUACGGCGGAAAUGCGAAGGCUCCGGAUGACGGAAGAGGAUCCGGAGGAACGCUGGGAGACGAUCGACCCGAGGCACAUUAGUCCGAAUGCGCGCCAACUGGAGAUCUACCACCUGAUCCCGAACACCACGUACGAGUUCCGGAUCUGGGCGAACAACGCGCUCGGUUCCGGCGAAAUCGUCACCAUCACGGCCACCACCACGCCGGACAUGGAGGAGAAAGACCUGAUUCGGCGGAUCAUGGUGGACGCGCAGAACUUUGACACCCGCGUCUGGAUCGCGGCCGUCGCCGUCGUCAUGGGAACGUUGGUCAUCCUGUCGCUGGGGACGUGCAUCGUGCUGUAUAAGGAGUGCCGCGAGCCAAUCGAAAAAGAAGAGGAGCUGGACAGUUUGGAGCUGGUGCCAAACAUCAUCCUCAAUCCGGGCUUUUGCGACUCGGACGACCAGGGCCAGAACCCGCUGAUGCCGCCCCUGCCGCGGACACUGGCCUUCCUUCCGGUGGGACCGCCCCGGCCCCGGAAUCAACCGCUGGCGGCACGGCGGGCCAGCUCGUACCACCAUCCGUCGUCGACGUCCUACAGUGGCAACCGGUACUACAGUAACGGCCCCAACGGCGGCGGCGCCGAUGAUGACGACGACGACGACGAUUCCGACGUGGAACCGAUGACAUUCAGCCGCCGGAUGUCGAUCUUUUUCACCGGUAACACGAUCAAGCGAAUUUGAGUGAAGGUAUUCCCGGAGGAUUCGGCCAGGUUCUACUAGGAACGAGUGAAAAACGGGUCGGAGCUGGCAAAACGAAAAGGGUUCUUUCUAGUAAGUCUGAGACAUUCCAAAGUUAUUGUUUCUUGCGCAGCAGAGGUGUCACCGCUUGUCAUGCGCGCCAGCAAGAGAAUGAGAUUCUAUCGGAACGAACGGAAAAACGGAACGCUUUUUGGUCUAGGAAUUCUUCGGGAAAACGAGACAAAAUAACUCACUAAACACUAAACACUACAACGCUUUUCUCUGCCGGAAAUGCAUCAGCGUGCAAAACAACAACACUGAAACAAAAGAACAACUUUGUUUUAAUUUUUUGACAGUUGGUUCUCGUACGCGCGUUGGCAGCGCCGCCACGCGUUGAAGCUUCCUACUACAAAACUCGACUUAAUUUUGUGACACUUUUUGAAAAUCACACACAAACAAGAUAUUUACGUUCGUUGUAGAGAGCGAGCCGCCAGCGUUUCCUCUGAUAUUUUGUCUAAUCGCUAGGAAUACGUGAAAUGAAAUGUGAUAAAUCGGAUUAGGAUUUUAGGUGGAGAAAGAAAAAUCGAUUGGUACAAUAAUACAUAAAAUAUUCCGACGCCGUGUUAGAGCCAACUUGAACAAAAUGCACUGUUAAAAUGUAGCUUUUGUAAUAAAAAGAAACACGAAAAA